GUCACAUCCUUUGUCUACAAACCAAAAUGGCAACGUCCACUGAUUUAGCACCGUGACAGUUCGACCGAAAUUGUGCAACUUCAGUGUUCUCAAAAUAGACCGUCUAUAACUACAUGACCUUUUCUGUUUGGAUCUUAAUUUGGAAUUUAAUGAAUUAAUUGCUUGGUAAAUUGUAGUGUACCUACAGUUGUUGUAGUCUUGCUGCAGUGUACUGUAUGACGAUGCAUGUUACAGUCUCAUGCUAGCAGAUAUCUAGCUAGCUAAUGUAAGGUUAGCUAGCUAUUGAGCUAAGAUAGCUUGCUAGUCCUAAUAAAAUAAAAUACACAUUUUACAGUCAAGGUCGCCUCUACAAUAGUAGAGAUGGCACCAGUGUAGCUGUGUAAACUGACCUGGGUUGAUGUACUUAUUCAUGUUCCAGAACAUGGCCCUUCACAGACUAUCCUUCAGAUUACGACAAACGGUAGCGCAGGUGCGGCCGCUCCAUGGCAGUGGGUGUGGCCAGCAGCAGGAGGCGGUUGCCAUGGAGUCGGAGACGAGACAGGAGACAUUCUCCAUCUUCAGAACACAGGAGAACGACCCGGCCUGUCAUUCGGAGCAGCACCUAGGGCAGUACUACACUGUGCCCCCCUCCCACUUCCGCACUGUCUUCCCCCACGGCCUGCCUCCACGAUACCAACAACAGGUGAAGACAUUUAACGAGGGCUGUGUGAUGGUGAGGCAGCCUGCUCUGGAGCUGAUAUCUCACCUGAAGAGAGCCGACUACAGCAAGCCCACCCUGCGCUACCUACUCUAUGGGGUGAAGGGCAGUGGGAAGACCAUGUCUCUCUGUCAUACUGUCCGCUACUGCUCCACACAGGGAUGGCUAGUACUACACAUACCAGACGCCCACCUGUGGGUGAAGAACUGUAAGGAGCUGCUGCCCUCCUCCUACCACGCCUCCCGCUUCGACCAGCCAAUCCAGGCGUCCAACUGGCUACGCAACUUCAGAACCACCAAUGAACCCUUCCUUUCCAAGAUCAAGUUGAGGCAGCGGUACGUGUGGACUAAGAGAGAGAGCACUGAGGAGGGACGGCCACUAGGGGAACUGGUGGACAUGGGAGUGUCUCGUGUGAAGAGCAGCAGUGAUGUGGUGGGGGCGGUGCUAAAGGAGCUGAGGCUUCAGGCUGGGGGGACAGAGGGGGCUGAGGAGGGCUUCAGGCUAGCUGUGGCUGUUGAUGGAGUCAACGGUCUCUGGGGAAGGACCACGCUCAAGAAGGAGGACAAGAGCCCAGUGGCUCCAGAGGAGUUGACGUUGGUUCAUAACUUGAGGAAGAUGAUCAACAAUGACUGGUGUGGAGGGGCGGUCAUCGCCACUCUGUCUCAGACAGGGUCUCUCUACGCUCCAAGCUCUGCCUACCUGCCCCAGGAGCUGCUGGGAGAGGAGGGCUUUGACAGCAUGGACCCGUUUGUCCCAGUACCAGUCUCCAACUACAGUGAGAAGGAGUUUGAGAGCUGUUACCUCUACUACCUGGACAGCCACUGGCUACAACACCCACAUAGUCAGACAGAAGAAGGGAAGAAAGAACUGAUCUUCCUCAGCAACAGAAACCCUUCUGUAUUGGAGAGACUGUGUGCCUUCCUGUAACAUCACACAUGGGCCCACACCCUCCCACUCACACACACCCAUAAUCAUGGACAAUUCAUAGAGAUGGAUAGAGGACUCAUCUUUAUCUGUGCCAUUAUAGCAUCUGUGACAGCAUGGGCAGUGCCAUUGAGGUUCCAACCCAUAGGAAACCCCACCCAGUUGACUACUUUAAAAUGGCGGAAGCAUGGGGGAAGCUCUCAAUGGUGCUGCCCAUGCUAAAACACCUUUUUGCCACUAGCGGCCUCUAUCAUUCUCUAUGGGACAAACACCAAUACAGACUCACAUAACUGCAUCGUUAUAAUCCAUGUAUAUGUGUGUAUCCCUCCAUAAAUUAUUCUGUUGUGAUGCAUGAUAGUGGAUGUCUCUUUCAUAAUAAAAAUGUACAUGAAAAACA